AUGGCAUUAGUGGCGAAGUGUGCAUUUGGGAGACCCACCCUCUGUGAGAUUAAGCGUGCCCUGCAGUCGUCGUUCCACCUUGCGGCUGAUGUGCAGGUUUCUACAUUGGACUCGCGGCAUAUUCUUCUACUCUUUGUAAACCAUUCGGACUUUGUGAGGGUUUGGUUGAAAGAAUUGAUGGUGGUUAAGGGUUUCACAUUUAGAUUCUUCAAGUGGACCAGAUUCUUCAAAGCAAGGCAGGAGGCGCCUAUGGUUUCGGUUUGGGUCUCGUUCCCGAACUUGCCGAUAAAUCUGUAUCAUGGGAACUUCUUCAGUUUUGUCGUUGGGGCAGUUGGAAAGGUUUUGAAGGUGGAUGGGGCGACGGUGGGCUGCACGAGAACUGUCUCGGCUAGGGCUUGCGUUGAGGUGGAUGUUCGCUCGACUCCACCGGAGAAGAUAUGGAUUGGCGGCGGCUCAUCGGGGUUUUCCAUAAAGUUGUGGUUAAGCGAUGGCUUUCCUUCUGUAUAG